AUGACCCUUUUCAAUCCGACUUCGAUCCUUGUCGGCUUCCUCCUCCUCUACCUCUCGUCCUUCUUUAUUUUCGCUAUUGUUCGCAUUGCGACCGGUAUCUCCAUCCAACGUAUCGGAUACUUUUCGCUGCGACGAAUCGCGUAUGCUCCGAGAGAAGGGCUGCAGAUCGAAAUCCGCGGUUUCGGAUUCUCAUUACACCCCCCGUCGUUCGCGCAGCCAACAUGGAUCAGUAUUCGCUUGACGGAAUUGAAGGUGACGGUGGACUCGUGGACCUUGGGUAAAGGGAAAGGAGAGACCGUUCGGGACCCCUUGGAAUCGCCGCGCCCUGGAAGCCCUGCCGAAGAUAACACCACCCCCGACUCGUUCCACCGACGAAGCAAGACAUGGAGAACCUUGACGCGGGUCAAGGAGCGCCUGAAGCGACUGCAUCGGCAGAUCAAUUGGCUGGCUCUCGUCGACGUCACGGCUGUGAACACCACCGUCCAUUUUCUCGAUGCUGGUCAGAUUCAGGUGGGGUCGCUCUCCCUGUCAGUGGACACGCGAAGGAAAAUGGUGGAACGGGGCAAGCUAUUUCGUCGCAAGAAGGAUAUGUCUCGAGAGCAGCGCCCGGCGGAAUGGAUUAUGAAUAUUCAGAACGUCUUGCUGGCUGUCGACGGCCGGGAGCCGGCCGAGAUCUUGGACAAUGUGGGCGUGAACCUCCACGGACUUCUCUACAAGGAUCUCGAAGGCCUUCGAGAUGCAUCGGUAGCCCUCAAGAUUGGACGGAUGUACAUCCCAUACGACGAUCUCCGAACGCUUUUGCAACGCAUCAGAUCCUCCCAGCACCCGCCGAAGGAACCUGCGCACAACGACCCGGACGAGGAAAUCUCGUUUGCGGACUUUGUGGAGGAAUUAGACAAGCCGGGCAGCCGAGACGACGCAAUUGUACAGACUGUGGCGGAUUCCAAGGAGUUCGCAAGCUCUCUGCUUCGUGGUAUUCAGGAGAUCCAGGUUGCACUGAGCUUCUUCCGCCUCUCGCGCGGUCUUCAGUCUUUGUCUGCAGGCCAGAACCCCGUGUACCUGAAUGUGGUCUCGCAUGAGCUUGGAAUUGAUCUCCAUCGGAUGGACCAAACGAGCCCCGAGCAUCGCAUGUAUUUUCAACGGGACGAUGUCGCUCACCAGGCGUUACUUGCUGCGAUAUCUCUUUCGGCUAGCCUGGACGACGACUCGGGUGAAACAGACAACAUUCUGUACAUCCCGAUGGCCACAACAACGAUAAAGACCACGCUGCCAUCGAAGACCGUGAGCGCCUUUGAUGACGAGAACCCUGAAGAGCGGAACACGAAUGUUCUCUUUGCGAAUUUUGUCGUCACUUCGCCCUCCCUUGACUUGCAGCCUCAACACGUCUCGCGGCUUUUGAAACUGGCACAGGCCCGGGCGUCGACUACCCGGGGCAAGAAGCGAAGCAAUCAUCAGCUUAUUUCGCGGUUACUUCCAAAGGCGAGCAUCAAGCUGUCAGUUCACGAGCCUGUGAUCCGAUUUGUUCUGCCCAUUGAGAAGGAAUCUGGUACUUCCGAUGACUACAAUCUCCUCAUUUCUUCCAUCUCGUCUAUUUCGCUUGAUAUCGAAUCUUCGCACUCUUCCGAGGGCGGUGCUCACUAUUCCCUCUCGUCCGUCUACAGAGUUGCAUCCCACAAGUUCUAUUACCAGACCCCAACCGGAAACAAACAUAACUUGUUGACAACCGAGAACCUGGAACUCAAGGCCCACUUGAAUGCAAGCCCAGAGGUCUGCGUCAUUGCUUCGGGAAGUUUGAAUGACUGCUCCGUACAUAUGAUCAACGGCGAAGUCAAUCGUGGUAUUCGUGAAGUUUUGGAGCAAUUCCGCACACAUAUGCAGCCACAGAAAAGAAUGGCAGUGCCGGUCACUGAACAAAAGACGACUCCAUUGAGACGAGUCCCGCCAUGGCUACUUCAGUUCCACUUCGAAGCCACAGGGUUUAGCCUGGAGAUCGCUGGUGUCGAUAAUACUGUCUCCGAGAUCUCCCGCGGUGUUUCUUUACAGCUACAAACGUGGACAGCAGAAUACAAAGCCCAGAAAACAGAGCCCGUUGUCGGUAGCAUUGCCAGGCGACGCACCUCAAGCCACUCCACCAUCGGGGAUGAAUCGCCAUUCCGGUUUACCCCAACAUCGCCCCCAAAGCAUACCCGACGCGGUGCCACGGAUGGCAGGCGAUUGGCAUUCCACGUCCGCGGGUUUGACGGCUUCGUCAUUGAAUCUGAGGAUUAUCUGGAACCCGACCCGUUCUUCUCCCUCCCACGGUUCGAAAUCGCACUAAGCACGCAAAGCGAUCGCCUUGGGCCAAUCUUGCACGUAACAUCCAUGUUCAAAGGCAUUUACCUUCAAUACUCUAUUUACCGGUUCUAUUGUCUCGGGGUUGCGACCUCUGUGAUCCAGGAUGUUCUCACACCUCUACCACAAAAACACACAGAUUCCGCCCAAGGGAAAUCAAAGGGCCCUGGGAGUAUAUCACUGCCCCCGCCUCCAGCAUCUCCGUCAUCUACCAAAAAAGAGCUGGUUACCUUUGACGUGAAAGCAACAAUCGUCCAGUUGAAGGCCAAUCUGCCGUCUGAUCCUUCGAUGAUGGUUCAGAUUUACGGGCUAGGGGGCAGUUCUCAACGCCUUUCAACGCCUCAUAUCAAAGCCAAUCUCGUCCGUUUACACGCAGAGGCACCUAAACUCAAGGGCAUCUGGGCGAGAAUCGGGAGCAUGAACAAUGUCAGGCUUGAUUUCCGCAAAAUGAGAUUGAAGCAGGGCUCGAUCUUGACCGAAGAAAGGUCCAUUGACCUGUGGGCGGAUUUCAUUCGGUUGGGCGUUCCUCACCAUAUGGUGAUGCACCGCAUCUUCGAUAACUUGAUCAACACAUCCAAGGCCUUCAAGCAGCUUCACCACCGAUUCAAGAACCGGUGCCGAGAAUUUGUAUCUGAGAGAGAGCCCGAGGAGCCAAAGAAAGUUCCAAGGAUAUCCUUGCGCAGCAAAGCCUUGCUCUUUGAACUGGAAGACGAUGCGUUUGAAUGGAAGCUGGGCCUCAUCUACCGCACUGGCUUAAUCGAACAGAGCCAGCGUUUGGCCCGCGAAGAAGCCUUUUACCUGAAGGCUCACAAGAUUAGGGAAUCGGACCAACGGCGCGCCUCAUCGCGGCUGCGAGCCAAGUCAAGCCACCGCACCUUGCGCAGUGAGAGAACCAGCCAGGAUACGAGGAGAAGCAGGAGUGCCGAUGCGCGGCCAAGGAAAGAGGAUCAGCCCCGGGACAGAGGCCGGAAAUUCCGUUACGAUGCCGAGGGAUCUACUUGCCUCUCUUCGGAGUACAAGAUCUCUGUGGAUGCCGCAUGGAAUCGGCUUCAACAACAUAAUGCCCAGGUGUGGAAAGAGAAGAUUGACGCGGCGCUCAAAUUUCAGGGCACGUCUAUCAAAGAAGUCAGAAAUCUUUUCUCUGGAGCAGAUGAACCCCCUGACGAUGUCAAGGAGACAGAGACAAUUCUUGCCAUACCAAACCGACCAGGUCUCAUGUCAGCUUUCAUCAGUGAUGUCAACCUAGUCAUCGACAAACCUUCUUUCCCAAUCGACGAAUUCCCCAAAUACCUCAAUCGGAUUGGGAAAGGGAUGCCCAUGUCGAUGAAGUAUGGCUUGCUGGUUCCAAUGAGCUUCAAUUUGGAAAUGGGUGAAGCGCGCGUCAAUCUACGAGACUAUCCUCUCGAUCUUCUCCAUAUUCCAGCUUUGCGCCCCGGACAAUCUCCAAGAAUGCCCAGUUGGUCAUUGCGAACAAACUUCGUGAUUGCUGAAGAAUUCCGCAAUCAUGAAUCCGCGAGGCAAGUGGAGGUGGAGCUUGUGCCUUCGACAGAGUUACCAGACGGAUCUUGGAGUGACCCGUUCAAGGUCAAGGUCUGGCGGUCUGUGACUCCCGUCAAGACAUAUUCCGAUCCUGUCUUUGAGAUAAACACCAGUUUACCAACGAGCAUCUCAUGGGGAGUCUCGUAUCAACCCGUCAUUCAAGAUAUGAUGAAGAUCAUCGAGGGCUUUACUAAGCCUGAAAUUGAUCCCUCGGACCGGGUUGGUUUCUGGGAUAAGAUUCGACUGAGUUUCCACUCCCGGAUUAGAGUGCUCUGGAAGGAGGAUGGCGAUGUCCAUUUACGCCUCAAGGGAUCUCGAGAUCCAUACGUGGUCACAGGCUUCGGAAGCGGUUUUGUCAUGUGUUGGCGGAGAGACGUCAAAUGGGAAAUUCACACCAGUGACGACCCCAUGGAGUUCAUGAGUGUGACGAGUGGCGAAUAUGUGUUGGCCAUCCCAGACUACAGUGCUGAAGCUCGAUGGGCAACCGAGGCAACCUCGGAAGAGCUCGAAAACAGCUCAGCAACCAGUGAGCAGAAGAACUCGGCUCACUUCAAAAAAGUUGUCAUGAAGCUAUCCGGAGACGUGAAAUGGGCUGCCGGGUUGGUUUUCGAGCGUGACGUCCACAACGAUAUGCGGUCGUUCUCAUUCAGACCGCAUUACGACGUCGUUCUCAAGAACCCCAAGUUUGUCGACCCGGCACAACGCUCGAACUAUGAUGCGUAUCGUGGCUUCCGGAGUGACCAUAUUCACUUGUCCGUGGCGGUCAUCGCGCCCCAGAGCAGAAACUGGUCCGUUGACGACGUCCAGCUAUCUACAAGCUACAACACGGUUCACUUGACUCCGCGCUUUUUCACCCAUUUCUUCAACUGGUGGGCCCUCUUUUCCGGCGUCAUGUCUCUUCCUGUUCGCCAGGGACCGCUCUGGCCAGGACUCACCAAGACGAGCAAGAAGUUCAACCGUCACUUGGCUACUGUCAAAUACAAGCUUCUCCUCGCACCUUUGUUUGUAGCGCACAUCUAUAAACACAAGGACCGCGAAGACUACGCCGAAAGUGUCGUCACUGCUACCGGACUCAAGGUUCGCCUUGACUCUUUGAAGCUUGACAUUCAUCAGCGACGUGAACAGAUCAAGACCAAGGCUCAAGGCCGCUCAAAGCAAAACAAGACGAGCGCGAUGCGCAUCAAUCAAGCCCAGAUUGAUUUGCAGUCAGCUGACUUCCGAGCCGUAUCAGCCAGUAUUGAAGGGACCACAGCCGAGGCUGUUGAGCAGAACAAAGAUGAUAUCAUAUCCUCCUUCCAGCAGCCCGUGCCAUCUGUUGAUUUGUCUCGAUUCACAAUUCCCGAUCAAAACAUGGACUGGAUCGACAUGGACGAUUUUGUGGAACCUGAUUGGAUUCUUCCCCAGGAGUCGAAUCCUCGCACCCAGAUUCUACCGCUUGCUUUCACACCACGGUUCACUUACUUCCGUCAAACAGACCACGGUGACAUAGGACCGGAGGAGACAGGGUAUAGUACCUUUGGAGAUGAACCGACUCAUGAAUGUGUCAUGUCGGAAACCAAUGAUCCCCGCCGAGUUCAGAUUGAGUUGGUCAAGGAUCGUCUUGCUACUGUUGAAGCGCAGAUCCGCAAUUACGACCGCACAAUUGGGGAGCAGCAACUCAAGUUGAUGAAGGACGUGGAUAAUGAUACUAGCCUGAAGGACCAGCAUGAAAUCUAUAUCAGGCAGGCAGAAUCGCUCGCAAGACGCCGGAGAUUCUUGACUUCGACCCUGCAACGCCUGGAGAAGCAUCUCACACGCGAUGAGCGGACACCAAACAGAAACAAUUUGGGGAACAGCGCCGCCCCCAGUGAAGCUUCUUCUCGCACAGGACGGGGCACGGAAUCCCCAGCUGAUGGCCGGGCUUCCGGUAUGGAAGGUCUCUACUCGUCGCCCAACGAUGAGUUUUCGAGUGACUUCAACAAUCGCUUCAUGAUUCACAACGUGCAACUGAAGUGGAACAAUUCCCUCCGGAACAUCAUUCUACGAUACAGCCACCAAGUGAGCCAGCGACGUGGGUUUGUAUACUACAUGUCUCGCCGCGCUGUCAAAUUCAUCCUCGAUAUUGUAGAGGAACAAAACAAGAACAAGCGACGAAACCCGAAGAUGUCCAAGACCUGGUCUCGCAGUGAAAACGAGGAUGAGAAUGUCGAGGAUCGCAUUGAACAGCUACUGAGCGAUGCCAAGCGUUAUGUGAACGUCGAGGAACAGGAACCAUCGGACUCGAACAACCAAUCAUCUCCCAAGUCGGACGAUGACUCCAGCGAGAGUAUUGCGCCGGAAUUCACGCCACAAAACAGCUACCACCUGCGGCUCAUCGCUCCCCAGAUCCAGCUUCUCAGCGAAAAGAACCGGAAGGCAGUCUUGCUCGUUGCUGCCAAGGGAAUGGAGCUCAAAGCUGUGUCGAUCAUGGACAAGGAACGCGUCACGGACGAUGUCAGUGGUCUGGUGCAGCGACGUUUCUCGCUGGAGAUGGAUGGCGCCCAGUUUUUCGUGGCAACGCAGAAAAACCUCAUGGCCAACUUGCAAUUCUACGCCGGGAACAAGUACGGCAACUCACCGGGAUCUGCAUGGCCGCCGUGGUUGACCCUCGAGGCGAUGUUCGACUUUGAGCUUAAUCCGUUUGGGUUCUCUCGAAUUGUGCAGAAGACCUCCGCCAGCCUGCGCUACGACAAGUACAACAACCUUCGCCUCAAAUACAACGAAGAGGUGGCCAAGGGCCAAACGGGACCGCAUCCUGGAGGCCGUGAGACUCGGAUGGAUCAGAUCAGUGUCGACUUCCCUCAUUUCCGCGCGAUCUGCGACUCUGCAGAGUACUAUUCCAUGUAUAUCAUCAUUUUGGACUUGAUGCUCUACAGUGAACCCCUCGAGAAGGUUCGGAAUGAGCGCCUGGAAAAGAUCAUGCUCACCUCCGACUUCAGCGAUCUUCGCGGUGCCCCUGAAAUGGUGUUCAAACUACAGGCGCGCAUCCGUCAACUCGAGGAGAUCAAAGAGUAUUUCCAGAUCAAUGCCAAAUUCUUGGACAAACAGGGCUGGGAAGAUCGGUUGGCUCUCGAGCGCGAUCUGUCGCAAUGCGAAGAUGAAUUGUUCUUCAUGAUGAAGGCAAUCACCACUUCCCAGCGCCGCAUGGAACCGAGCACGUCCAAGGUGAACAAUGGUGUCCUGCGCUGGAGCAUCUCUGCAAGUGAGGUUGUGUGGCACUUGAUGAAGGAGCCCUCGGCGCCGUUGGUCGAGUUCCAGCUCCGGAAUGCUCAGUAUGAACGAACCGACAACACCGAUGGGUCAAAUAACAACCUGGUGGCUGUGGAACGGCUGUAUGGGUUGAACCUACUUCCCGACGCGAUUUACCCCCAAAUUAUCGCGCCGUAUCUCGACCAGGCGCGUGAUCUGGACGAUUUUAUGCUUCGAGUGAAGUGGCACAUGCUAGAGGCCGUCGCCGGAAUCCCCGUGGUUGAUAAUUUCGAGGUGUCCCUGUUCCCGCUGAAGGUACAGCUGGAGCGUGAGCUGGGUCAAAAGGUUUUUGAAUACAUCUUCCCCAAUGUCGGUUCGAGUGCAUUCGAGAAUGGUGGUUUCUCGCCUUUCAUGAUCAAGAAUAUGAAACCACUUGAUGCCGAAGAUGACGAAGAUGAGGAGGAUUCGACAAGUGCACCACUGACCCGAUCCACAAGCACUGAGGAGGACGACGUGUCAAUGGACGAUUUGCAAGCCAUGCCCCAAGGCCCUGGCUCCAUCGAACUGAGACUCCAACCCACUCUGUCGCUCUCUGACGAGAGCAAGUCUCGCCAACGUUCGGGUCAUCUUAAGGGCCUGGCGAUGACGCCAAUUCACACACAGAACGGCCGGCUAGGAGUCUCGGUAACCUCUCGGCAGACUGGCCGCCCUUCCAGCACUGGCGGCCUCACCAAGAAGAGAUCCGUUGACAGCAUCCGCAUGUUGGCGAAGCAUCCAACUGAACGAUCCUUGUCCAGCCACAGCACUGCUGAAGAGAAGAACAAGAAGUUCGGCCUGGGCAAGGGAGGCAAUAGAAACAGCAAGUCCAAAGAGCCCACCGACGACCUGUCCCAGAUGAUUUCACGAGCUUCCAACUACAUGACGCUGGCGCGCGUUAAAGUGCAUGACGUGGUUCUCUGCAUGAGUUACAAGGGCAAAGGGGAACACAAUUUCGAGGAUCUACAUGAUUUCGUCUUCCGUCUUCCAGUGCUCGAGUACGGCAACAAGACUUGGUCCAACCUAGAUCUCGCCCUGCGUUUGAAGAAGGACGUGAUCAAGGCUUUGAUUUCGCACGCACCCGCCAUAUUGGGCAACAAGUUCUCGCACCACCGGCCCAACAAACAGCAACAAAAGCGUUUCCGCGAGCUUGCGUCCUCGUCUCAGCUGCUGCCGACUGCCAGUAGCGUCAUGAACCCGGAGCGAAGCCAAGCCCAGAGCCUGGCGAGCUUCGACUCCACAAGCGAGUACUCGGGGUCACCGUCGCGCAAGUCUAUGCAAUCGACUGCUUCGCCUUUGGCUCGAUCGAUGUCUCUGAGCUCGGAGACGCGUGAGGCAUCGGCGCAGGAGGCAAGAGAUGAGGAGACCAUGGCGCGAGAAGAGGUUUCCUUAGCUGACACUCGAUCCGCUAGUGAAGUGGAUGUGGACUCUCGUUGGGAGCAAUCACGCCGGUUUGUGAAUGCUCCCGGUAGACCCAUGACCUCGGGCCACACCAUGACAACCGUCGAAUCCAACGGGACUGAACAGGAUGAAAGUCAUAAAAAGACCAUCCGCAGCCUCGGCCGCAAGCUGAUGUCCCGCAAGUGA